AUGACUGCACAGAUUGAACUUUCCAGGGCUGGGGAGAUCAUCUACAGAAGAUUCACACGCCCCGCCCGGGCUGUCUCUGGGGAGGCCCCAGGCUCCUCCUUCGGGGGGCAUCAAACUUCCCUGGCUGAGAGGUCAGCCCGGAGGACGGGCCGCGCUGGCGGGACUGACCGCAAAGUGGGACUGUCCGACCCGCAGCUUUCCCGGCUCCCCCUCCAGACGCGGAUUCUGCGGCUGUCCUACGACAAGCGCACUUAUGGGCCAGUGUCCUUUGAGGAGUGUUCGCCGCCGCAUCGCCAGCGCUUGGCACGCAGAGCAGUCGACGUGGAUGAGUGCUCGGAGGGCACGGAUGACUGCCACAUCGAUGCCAUCUGCCAGAACACGCCCAAGUCCUACAAAUGCCUCUGCAAGCCAGGCUACAAGGGGGAAGGCAGGCAGUGCGAAGACAUCGACGAGUGUGAGAAUGACUACUACAACGGGGGCUGUGUCCAUGAGUGCAUCAAUAUCCCGGGGAACUACAGGUGUACCUGCUUUGACGGCUUCAUGCUGGCACACGAUGGACACAACUGCCUCGACGUGGACGAGUGUCAGGACAACAAUGGUGGCUGCCAGCAGAUCUGUGUCAAUGCCAUGGGCAGCUACGAGUGUCAGUGCCACAGUGGCUUUUUCCUCAGUGACAACCAGCACACCUGCAUCCACCGCUCCAACGAGGGUAUGAACUGCAUGAACAAAGACCAUGGCUGUGCCCACAUCUGCCGGGAGACGCCCAAAGGUGGGGUGGCCUGUGACUGCAGGCCCGGCUUUGACCUUGCCCAAAACCAGAAGGACUGCACACUAACCUGUAACUAUGGAAACGGAGGCUGCCAGCACAGCUGUGAGGACACGGACACGGGCCCCACGUGUGGCUGCCACCAGAAGUACGCCCUCCACUCGGACGGUCGGACCUGCAUUGAGAAGGAUGAGGCUGCAAUUGAGCGCUCUCAGUUCAAUGCCACGUCAGUAGCUGAUGUGGACAAGCGGGUGAAACGGCGGCUACUCAUGGAGACGUGUGCGGUAAAUAAUGGAGGCUGCGACCGGACGUGCAAGGACACGGCCACCGGCGUUCGAUGCAGCUGCCCGGUUGGAUUCACGCUGCAGCCCGAUGGGAAGACAUGCAAAGACAUCAACGAGUGCAUGGUCAACAACGGAGGCUGCGACCACUUUUGCCGCAACACCGUGGGCAGCUUCGAGUGUGGCUGCCGGAAGGGCUACAAGCUGCUGACCGACGAGCGGACGUGCCAAGACAUCGACGAGUGCUCCUUCGAGCGGACCUGCGACCACGUCUGCAUCAACUCCCCGGGCAGCUUCCAGUGCCUGUGUCACCGCGGCUACAUACUCUAUGGGACAACCCACUGCGGAGAUGUGGACGAGUGCAGCAUGAACAACGGGAGCUGCGAGCAGGGCUGCGUCAACACCAAGGGCAGCUACGAGUGCGUCUGCCCACCAGGGAGGCGGCUCCACUGGAACCAGAAGGACUGUGUGGAGAUGGGCAAGUGCCUUUCUCGGGCCAAGGCCUACCCCCGGGCCCAGCUGUCCUGCAACAAGGUGGGCGGUGUGGAGAGCUGCUUCCUUUCCUGCCCGGCCCACACGCUCUUCAUGCCAGACUCGGAAAACAGCUACAGUCUGAGCUGCGGUGUCCCAAGUCUCCAGGGCAAGACGCUACAGAAACGCAACAGCACCAGCUCCAGCACUGGGCCCAGCUGCUCAGGUGCCCCCGACACCUCCAUCAGGCAGAAGGCCCGCUUCAAGAUCCGAGAUGCCAAGUGCCUCCUCCAGCCCCGCAGCCGGGAGCCAGCAAAGGAGGCCCUGAGGCAGCUGCUGCUGGAAAACUGCCACGUGACCUUUGUGACCCUCAAGUGUGACUCCUCCAAGAAAAGGCGCCGUGGCCGAAAGUCCCCAUCCAAGGAGGUGACCCACAUCACAGCAGAGUUCGAGGUUGAGACAAAGAUGGAAGAGGCCUCAGAGACCUGCGCAGCGGACUGCCUGCGGAAGCGAGCAGAGCAGAGCUUGCAGGCUGCCAUCAAGACUCUGCGGAAGUCCAUCAGCCGGCAGCAGUUCUCCGUCCAGGUUGCAGGCACUGAGUACGAAGUGGCCCAGCGGCCGAACAAGGCCCUGGAGGGCCAGGGGGCGUGCAUCACAGGCCAGGUGCUACAGGACGGCAAAUGUGUGGCCUGCGGGCCUGGCACCUACUUCAGCGGAGAGCCCGGCCAGUGUGUGCCGUGCACACCAGGGACCUACCAGGACGGAGACGGCCAGCUCAGCUGCACACCAUGCCCCAGCAGCGACGGACUCGGCCUGGCUGGUGCCCGCAACGUAUCCGAGUGUGGAGGCCAGUGCUCUGCGGGCUUCUUCUCUGCUGACGGCUUCAGGCCCUGCCAGGCCUGCCCUGUGGGCACGUACCAGCCCGAGCCCGGGCGCACCGGCUGCUUCCUCUGCGGAGGGGGGCUGCUCACCAAGCACGAGGGCACCGCCUCCUUCGAAGACUGUGAGGCCAAAGUGCACUGCUCCCCAGGCCACCACUACAAUACCACCACCCACCGCUGCAUCCGCUGCCCCGUCGGCACCUACCAGCCCGAGUUCGGCCAGAACCACUGUAUCACCUGUCCAGGCAACACCAGCACCGACUUCGAUGGCUCCACCAACGUCACGCACUGCAAAAACCAGCACUGCGGCGGCGAGCUUGGCGACUAUACGGGCUACAUCGAGUCCCCCAACUACCCUGGCGACUACCCGGCCAAUGCCGAGUGCGUGUGGCACAUCUCGCCGCCCCCCAAGCGCAGGAUCCUCAUCGUGGUCCCCGAGAUCUUCCUGCCCAUUGAGGAUGAGUGUGGCGAUGUCCUGGUCAUGAGGAAGAGCGCCUCGCCCACCUCUAUCACCACCUAUGAGACCUGCCAGACCUACGAGAGGCCCAUCGCCUUCACCUCCCGCUCGCGGAAGCUCUGGAUCCAGUUCAAAUCCAACGAAGGCAACAGCGGCAAAGGCUUCCAAGUGCCCUAUGUCACCUAUGACGAGGACUACCAGCAAUUAAUAGAAGAUAUCGUGCGCGACGGACGGCUCUACGCCUCGGAGAAUCACCAGGAAAUUUUGAAAGACAAGAAGUUGAUCAAGGCCCUCUUUGACGUGUUGGCGCACCCCCAGAACUACUUCAAGUACACAGCCCAGGAGUCCAAGGAGAUGUUCCCGCGCUCCUUCAUCAAGCUGCUGCGUUCCAAAGUGUCCCGAUUCCUGCGGCCCUACAAAUAACCCUGGGGCGCUGCCCUGCUGGGAUGCCGGGGGCCCGAGGGGGCGAGUGCCUUCCCUCCACAGGAGAAGCUGAAAGGCGGCUCCACGGGCCUCCACGUCGCCUUGGGAAAUCACCACGGCGUCUGCCCAUCAGGAACCCCUGACCGCCCGUGGAGGGAGAGACCACGCCGGGGCAGAGACCCCAGCUGGGCCGCACACCUCCCAUAUCCGCCCCCUGGGAAAACACUGCUUAAGGCAGCCUUUCUCCCUCCCGCUCCCUGUGCCUGUUCAUUUCCAGGACAGCAGGUGCCCUGUCCUGGGCCAGCACUCGCCAUGCCGCCUGGGCCAGGACGCUCUG